AUGGACGGACCGCCGGACGACCUGCCCCCGCCGCACCCGGAGGCCCACCUCGCCGCCGCAGAUCACGAAGAGCUACCCGCCUAUGGCGAGCCUCCUCGCGCGCCCGAGCCGCGCAUCCCGACAGGCAGCAGGCGCGAGCGCAUCGAACACACGUACACGCUCACGAACAGGAACGAUCGGCCGUGGUUGACGCUCAAGCUACGGAGCCGCGCGCAGCAGCCGACCUACCUUCCGUACUACUUCGAGGGGGAUGAAAUCGCCGGGAAUGUGGAGCUCAACUUGGAGAACGAGGACAGCAUUCGUGAGGUUGCUGUCAUUUUGAAGGGUCAAAUCGGGAGCACGGCCUUGGACGCGAUCACCUUCGUCAAUAUGCAGGAAGUCGUCUGGUCGACUGGAAUGGGCGCCCCUCGUGCAUUCCCGGUCUCAGAAGAGUCAGAGGCGGAACAAGCCAACAGCGCCCGUACCACACCCUCGCCUACACACGGUUCGACCACCUCCGCUUCCUCACGCGGGUCGUCACGUUCAUCUUCGCGAGGCCCGAGCGCUUCCACCUCACCUGCAAACCCGUCAUUUUUCACCUCGCCAAGGUUCCUCCGGCGCUCGUCCUCUUCGAGUGCCCCUGUGCACAGCGGCAAGCUCUUGGGCAAGUACGCAUGGCCAUUUUCGAUGACGCUGCCCAAGUCAGUCACACUGCGCCAGAAGAACGAUGUGGAAGGGAAAGCGUACGUCCUUCCGCCGUCGUUCAGCGAGCGCUCGGGCGUGCGCGUCACGAUCCAGUACGAGCUGUACGUCAAAAUUCGGCGCGGCAAACUGCGCGUGGAUAGCAAGGUGGGAACUGUGUUUGGAUAUACACCGAUCAGCCAGCCACCGCCACCCUCGAUGUUGCGCCAGUUGGCGUAUCAGGAGCAUCUCCCGGCUCUUGUGGGUCCAGAUGGAGAUCCCGACGGCUUCGACGUCUCGGACCCUGCCACGAUACACGCCAGGGUGUUCGACAGUCGCGAUAUCCAAGUAACUUGCAAGUUAUGCCUCGCAAAACCUCUUACAUACACCCGGGGCACGCCAAUCCCGCUCGUGCUCUACGUAACCUGCCCCGACGCGCUCUCGCUCGACUUGCUCAACCCGGCCGUGCUGAGCAAAGCCGUACAGCUUCUCCGGCACGUCGCGCACAACCCGACGCCGGACGCGAACGCUAAGGCGAAGACGGCUCCGGCGAUGGGGCGCCCCAACAGAGGUCCGAGCCGGCCUGGUGCGGCCGAUGUCGGAUUUACCCUCGCAACCCACUUUGUUAAGUCGGCGGUGCUGUGGCCGCAUAUGGAGGGGACGGGCAGUCCAGAAGACUCGCAUACACGCCGGUUUGAUGGUGAGAUUGUGCUCCCGAACGACCUAAAGCCGACGAGCUCGCUCCUCCACUUUGACCUCCACUACUCGGUGACCCUCUUCCCACCCGUGGCGCCGUUCCUCGCGUGCGCAGACGAAGCGCCGCUCGUCUCGCGUAAUGUUGAGAUCGUCACGGCUUACGCGCGAGGGCCAAAGCCCCGUGCGAUGUCUCCGCCCGGCUACGACCUCGGAACAUGGACCCCGGCGUACGCGCCCAGUUUUCCUGUUGGGACGGCUUUUGUGGCGUAGUCGUGUGCGUAUUUGUAUGUAGCUAGUUCCUCUUCUUUGGGUGGAUAUGGUUUUCGUUGUAACGUAGAGUACUGUAUGCGCGUCUCUGUAGUUCACUGUGGGCCGGCUUCAUUCACGCCGAAGCCGGCCUUCUGUACGUACGAUGAUCUACCCCUGUUGAUCCCUUCUGUCAUGAUGGCAGCCGCAAGAAGGCCGAACAGCCAUUCGCUAUACAUGCUAGGCAUGGCUUCCCUGAUCUAGCGCCCGACCAAGGUGUUUGACCGCAGCACUGACGGAUACACCGCGCGACGUUUUGUACGAUGUCGGACCUUCGUUGGCCGUUUACGUUCGUUAUCUUCACCGCCAGUGCUUUCAAUAGCAGAGUUGUGUCAUGAACCGCCCCUCUUUGGACAAGACGGUUCAAUUCGCUAUGUAGCACUGAUCAUCCCCGGUGGAGUUCGCGAAUAUAUAUACAAACCACUGUUCAUGCAUUGAUGGGGUGUCGUAUCAUUACACCUCGUCUGAGGUCUCUCCGACAGCGCAUCUUCAUGGCGAAUUAUCUGGCCGACGUACGUUCGUCGAGCUCGUCGACUAGGGGUACUACUGCUGGGCCAUCCCCGACCUACCCGUUGCUCAGACGGCUCCCGAGACUGCCCGCAUCUCUUGCGGUUAUCCCUAAUCGUGGACUCGAGAAGACCGAGCACACAUAUACACUCGCGAACGGGGAGGAGAAGCCAUGGUUGAGACUGAAGUUGCGUAGUCGUGCCCAGAGAUCGACCUCCUUACCCUCCUACUU